UCGAUGAGAUAUCAUCAACCAACCCCUCCAACUCAAACCGCAGAGCACCCCUCCAACCAACUCAAUGGCGGGCUCUUCCUCUUCCCCACCCCGAAACCCCAAACCCUAGCUCAACCCUGGUCUCAAAUCCCAAUCCGGCCACCCCUCUCUACCCCAAGUCCCAAACCCUCUCUGAUGGCGCCGCCGUCGCCGAAGCAGCCCAAGCCGCUGCCGGUGCCGAAGCAGCUGAAGGUGAACAACCCGGAGAACGACGAGUUGGCCCGCUUCUUUCUAGAGAAGUGGCGGUCGAUGAUGCAGGAGCCGGGCGGGCUCUCGGAGAAUAAUUACCUCACCUUUGCCAAUGCCAACCGCAGCCUCUGCGCCGCCAAAGAGCCCAUCCGAACCCUCAAGGACUUCUCGAAGAUCAAGGGUGUUGGACAAUGGCUUACACGUUGUAUGAAAGGGUUCUUUGCGGAAUCCAGCCAAGAGUUAUCUCCUGCAAGAGAUGAUACAGCAGGAGGGAAUGGAAAGAAAACAAGAGGACCAAAAUGUUAUUUGCCAAAGAAGAACACUGCUGCUUAUGCGAUACUGAUCACACUCCUUAGGGCAAAGAUUAGCGGGAAGAGUUUUAUGCUGAAACAAGAGCUUAUCGAUGCUGCUGAAGCCAGUGGUCUGUCACGAGAUGCAGUCGGUCCGAAUAAAAGUAAAGCAAAACAGAGUUAUGGGAAGGACUGGUACUCUGGCUGGAGCUGCAUGAAGACAUUAUUGUCUAAAAAACUUGUCAACAAGUGGAGUAACCCAGCAAAGUAUAUGCUAACUGAAGAAGGGGAAGGCACUGCUCAUGAUUGUCUUUCACGGUCUGGAUUAGGCGAUUCUGUAGGACCUUUAAUUAUAACCAGUGCUCACAACAUAUCUGUUGCAAGUCAUAAUUCAGAUCAUUGCACGAGUCCUGGUGUUGCUGAAACAAUGUCAGGGCCUUUUAUGGCCACUUGUAGAUCCAGCACAUCUAAGCUUGUUUGCGGCAGUUCUACAAAAGAGCAGAGCAGUUACAAUGGUCAAGUUCAAACUACUAACUACUGUGCUGAAGGAAUUAUUUUCUGCGAUUCAGAUUCAGAAGAACCAUAUAAAAAGAACAGUCCUCUGAAAGGUUCUGAAGAAUUUACUGAGAGGGGUGGUCCGCCAAAAUUGAAAACAUGCAUCAAGGGGCCUACUAUUAAUUGUGCCCCGCCAGAUUACUCAGUUUCUAUUUCUCAUCUAUCAUCCCAAGGAAUAUUCGAGCAGCAAUCUUCUAGUACAAUGGGUUCUGCCGAAUUCAAUGUGCUAGACAAGGAUACUGCUUAUAUGGACAAUUCUAUACUAGCUAUGCCACCUCGUCAAUCCAAUGAAAAAUUCCGUGAAGCUUAUGAAGUUGUGUUUAUAUUGGAUGAUCGUGAAAAAUUCGGGUCUCGUUCAAGAAAAGUUGCUGAUAACAUUCGUUCACAGAUAAAUGUACCAGUAGAGGUUAAGCAUUUACCUGUGGGAGAUGCUAUUUGGAUUGCUCGUCAUAGGAAACUUCGCACAGAGUAUGUUCUUGAUUUCAUUGUUGAAAGGAAAGAGGUUUCGGAUUUAGAUGGCUCAAUUACAGACAACAGAUACAGAGAUCAGAAAUUAAGGCUGAAGAGAUGCGGACUAAGGAAGCUGAUAUAUCUUGUUGAAGGUGAUCCAAACCGCUCAGAUGCACCAGAGAGGAUUAAAAUAGCCUGUUUCACCACUGAGAUUCUCGAAGGAUUUGAUGUUCAUAGAACCAGUGGUUAUGCUGAAACUGAAAGGACAUAUGGCCAUCUUACACAUUCAAUAAUUGAAUACUACGAUACAAACUUCUCAACCCUUGCUAAUACUGCUCGUGUUUGCCCAACCUAUGAUGAGUUUGAGGCGAGGUGCCAUGACCUUCAGAAGACAACUGUGAGCCAAAUAUUUGCACUUCAACUUAUGCAGGUGCCUCAAGUAACAGAAGAAGCUGCGUUGGCUGUUAUAGAGCUCUAUCCAACUCUCAUCUCACUUGUGCGGGCAUACUCGAUGCUUGAUGGUGAUACACGUGCCCAAGAAGAGAUGUUGAAGAACAAGAGCAAGAUGGUAAAUGCAGGGGCAAGCAGAAAUAUCUUCAAGCUUGUCUGGGCUGAUGGAUGAGAUCUUCAGAUCUAGUUUCUGACCAUCUGACUUAACUAGCUUACAUGUUAUGUUGAUGAUCCUGGUGCCAUCUUUUGUGUAGCUCAGUAGCUCCCUUAUUCUCAGAAAUUUAACUGCAAGGCUUUCAUGUUCCGAAGAAAAUGGUGACAUCAAACACUGAAAGUUUCAGAGUAACAGGUUACUUCAGGUAACUUUUGAUUCAAGCGCUGUGAAUCGUACCGGAAAGGAUUGUUGCUCGGAGAACUCAGAAGGACCCGGCUGGCAACGGACGUUACAUCACCGCCGGAUAUACGUGCACCAAACUCAGGAAUCGCACCUCUACAUUCGUGCACGCGAGAUCAAUGCGCGGAGAGGGAGGGUGGGGAGUGGGGGAUGAGGCUGGGAGCAUGGAGCGGCGGUGGGGUGCUUGCCGAUGGCGCGUGGAGGCGUGCAAGCCACGUUCGACGGUGGAAGGAUGGCGGCGGCUUGCGGACUGUCGCUGGCAGAGCGUGAGUGGGUGCUGUUCGGAGCUGUUCCCGGUCGUGGUGCAGGCCGUGGAGGUGCUGGAGACGCCGAAGUGGGCGCUGCCACCGGUUGUGGUUCUGGGUCCGGCGCAGGAGGAGGGAGGUGCAGUGCAGCCGCAGCAGCGCCGUCCUCCCCUUCGCAGCGCUAACUGCCCCGCCUCCUCCCCGUGCCUAUACCGUAUCUAGCCCGAGCCGAUCCACUGCCGCAAUGCUUGGGCCGUGGCCGCACCGAUUUGAGCGACCUCCGCCUCCACCUGGGCUGCCGGACCGCCCGCUUGUAUCCCCAGCCACAAGAUCGCCCGCCUGCUAUCUCCAUCCUCCAUUCAGAACGCUGGUGCUGCAUGGUUGGGCUCCCGUAGAAAAGGAACAGAAAGUUUCAGGAGCUGCAAACCUAGCUGCGCAAUCCCUUGGGUUGACCGCCUUGCUUGGAUGUGCGUUCAAUAAGAUCUUUAGGAUCUGUGCAAGGAUCACGCGGGGUGGGCGGGUGGCUGCUCAACGACAUGGAGAGCUCAUACAAUUUCAUGGUGAAACAUGUGCAGCUCGUGGCCUUUCACAGCAUCUUGCCUAGAUGUGUCCAUUGCUUCUACCUUGCCGCUCUCACCUCAUUCUAUGCCAGUUAUAUGUCUGCCAAAGAGGAAACAUUCCUGCUUGGAACAUUCAUGUAAUUUCCCAGUUUGCUCUACCGAAGAGGAAGCAUUUCUAUCGAUACUGCACUUUUUUUCUGUGAAGUUCAGCCUUAUAGUCUUUCCGAUUACAAAUCUGUGGGCGGGUUAUCCCGGAUUUCAUUACACAAAGGCAACGAAAUUACAACGAGUCAAAACAGGCUAAAGGCAAAGUUAGAACAACUAUAGCAGCACAGGGUUAAAAAACCGUCGGUAACCGUCCAAAAAUCGCGGUUACCGACCUUCUCGGUCCGGUCCGGUUUCAGAAACCGAAUGUAACCGAAAUUUGAAUUCAAAAAAUUCAAAAAAAUCAAAAAAAUUCAAAAAAAUCUUUUAAAAAAAUUAGACAUAAUUCUAAGACCUUCUGUGAAAACAUUUUUCAAAAAUAAUGUCAUUUGCAUUAUAUUCUAUAGG